GCUAUAAAGGCAGACGCUGGGGAAUUUCAUUCAUUCAGACAGUUCAGUAGCCUUGCAAUGUGCUGCAAGUACACAAUGCAGAUCUCAUGCUGGAAGGUCAGAUGCACUGCUCUGUGCUUCACCUACCUUUUCAUCAGCGGUGUGCAGCUCAGGCCUUUUGUGGAAAAGGAAAAGAAGAUGCAACUAGAAGCAGUAAAGAAAGGAAUUUUGGAUCAUUUGGGACUGAACAGCCCUCCAGUCAUCAGGGAGAAAUUGGACUUGGAUGAGAUACGCAAAAUGUACUCUCUCUACCAGGAAAAGUUAAUGGAACUCAGGGGAAAUAUGAGCAAAGGUGGAAUCCCUGAAAGAAUAGUACAUCUACUGACACCCACGUUAGAAAAAAAGACACAACUGGCAAGAAAAUUGGAAAUACAACAAGAAAGCAACAGCCACAGAUACAAUCUUGUAUUUUCCAGGACUCAAACAUUUCAUCAAGAGCUGAGCGUCAUGAGAGCUGAACUCAAACUAUGCAAGAACAUCCUGUCUACAUUAAAUACAGUUGGGAGUAACUCAACCACUCAACCCAUGGUGAACAUUUAUAAGGUGAUAGAGUCUAAUGAGAGGGACGGAAAGGAAGAGCAUAAGUUACUUGACUCUAAGCCACUUGAUAAAGAAACAUUAAUGUUAAAUGUUGCCUCUGCUGUCCAGCAGUGGGUGGCAAGCUCAGAGAAAUGUCUCCGGCUGGAGCUAGUCAUCCCAACAGAUAUCUCUUUUGUAAGCAAUGGAGGUAAACAAAAAGAAAAGAAUGAUGACCUUAUUUUAGAGGUAGAGACACAAGAGAGGGCACACUCCAACAUUAGAAAGACCAGAUCACUUUCUUCUGAUGAGGAGUGUAAAAAAAGUGAAAAGAAAUGCUGUCGUAAAUCUCUGCGUGUGUCUUUCAAGGAGAUCGGAUGGUCAGAUUGGAUCAUUGUUCCAGAAACAUACACAAUGCAUUUUUGUGAUGGUUCCUGCCCACAUAAUUAUAAGCCAGCAAGCAUGCAUGCUCAGAUCAAAUACAGGAUGCAUCACAUAUCUAAUGGAGCUACCCCAGCUCCAUGCUGUGUUCCUGCAAGCUAUGAACCAAUGGUACUUAUGCAUUACAAUACCGAAGGCAAGCUAACUUUAACUCCGUUUGAGGACAUGAUUGUUAGAAAGUGUCAUUGUGCCUGAAUACUUCCCCUUUGAGCAUCUACAAUGUGUUUCUGGAAAUAGAGAUUAGAGGUCCACACUGUGAAGCUGUCUGACAAAGGCUGAACCACCUUAUGCCAUUUGAAAAUGCUAUCUAAAGAAUGCCAAAUGGAGACAAAUGGAAAGUGUCAACCAGCUAUAAUGCUGCACCAAAAGUGUGAUAUAAAAAGCUGAAGAAAAAGCAUUCCAUUAGUAUUUUAAAAUUGAACAUUAUUUACUAAAGAACAGAACUGUGUUCAUUAAAUAUCCUUGCUUCAGCAUUCAUAUCAGAGUGCUUUAGAACAUUUUUACAAUGCAUCUCUAUAGGUGAGCAAAAUUUUGUAUGAAUAUGAGUAUCUAUUCACAUGAAUAAUAUGUGUAUCUAUAUAUGUGUAUCUUUGAACUGAGCUGAAACAAUAGAUAAGGAAGAUUCUGUCUUUGACAAAAUAAGGCAUGUCUAUUUAUAAUGGAAGUUUAUUUUUAUUAGAGAGCUCUUCUAUCAGUUGCAUGUGAUGCACAGUUCAGCUGAUUGAAUAACAUAUAAGGGGGAUGGAAUACUGAUUCCCAGUAGUUAAAUAUUUUUCACAUUUAUCAAAAUUUUUCCCUUCAAACCUUAUGCCUGUGCCAAGUCAUCAGAAAGUGUUAAACUACUUUGAUCACACAAAAGCAGUUCUGUUGUAUAAAGUACAACCCUCAAUUGCAGGGCUGUCAUUUCUAUAUAAGCACCUGUGGUUUGGUGCCUGGGGUGCAGCUUUAUUGGGGGCAGAACUUGUGUGGCUAUAUAGAAAAAAAUGCUCUUCAAAAAAUUCCCCCAAGCCUGCCAAUGUACACUAAAUCCAGCAGUGGAGCUUGGAGGGGGCGUGAUACACCUCUUUUCUAUUAUUGGUGCAUGCGCCAAUCUGUGAAGGGAGUGGACAGAUGGAGGUCUAAAUCUAGCUAAUUAGAGUGAUACUGAAACCAAAUACAUUGCUGCUAGUUCACUCCUUCCUCCAUGAUACUUAUGGUAUGCUGGGAGAGAGAAAACAAUUAUAUACCCUGCUGAACCAAAUUGCACCAGUGCAGAAAAUAAUUAUAUAUAGUUAUAUAUAUAUAUAUAUAUAUAUAUAUAUAUAUAUAUAGUUAUAUUCAAAAGGCUCGGUAAAGUUUUACUGAGCGGAGACUAUAUAACAAAUUUUGAUAAACCACUUCCUAAUAUAUGACUUUAAGAUAUGUCAGCAAGUUAACUAUUGGUUGUUUCCAUAAAAGAUUUCUACCAACAGCUAAAUAGCAAACUAUGGUUUAUUUCUCCUGCACUGGUCAUGGGAAAAGAUGAAUAAAAUCUGAUAUCAAGUAAUGCUGAUAUUAGAUCCAACUACUGUACAUGUACGUAUGUCUUGUUUUCCCCCCUUUUGGCUGUUUAUUAAAUUCACUCCUCCCUUUCUCAGGUCUAAAGACAUAUUUCAGUUUCAGAAGCUGAAGCCAGUUUUGUCCUGCUUGUAUUGUUUACAGAUACAAAUAUCUGAUGAGUUUAUCAGCACGACUAGUGACCAAAGUGCAUGCGAGGCAUUCUGUUGGAAUUUGCUAAGGAAAUAUAAAGUCAAACCUUCAAAAGCAAUGGCUUAAAUAUCCAUAGUUUAUGUUAGUAUGUGCUCAAAACACAACUCAAGCAUUUCCAUUAAUUAUUUGUUUUUAACCUGCUGCUUUACAAGGUUUACUAUGAUUUUUAUUGUUAUUAUUCUGUUGCCUGUUUUUUAUUGCACUACUACAAACAUGUUAUUAAAUUAAUCGACACAGUGGAAGAUCUUCAUGAAAGCAGAUCCUAAACUCUAUUGCACUGAUAUGAAAGUGAGGAAAAUAACGAGAAGAUACUUGAGACUCCUUCUUAAUUUAUUUGAAUAUUUUAAUGAGAACAUUGUUCUGACAUUAAACCCUUACCUCACAAAACAGAACUAUAUGAAGAAAUCUACACUAAAUCACAUUUUGAUGUUGCUUAGAAUUUUAAUAUAUUUAUAUAUCUAUAGUUAAUAUUAUUUCUUUGAACAAUGUGGCUUUAUUAUAAAGUCAUUCCUUUAUAUAAAUAUUAAUAAGAAUACUUCUUACAUUUGGUGCAAGGGAAUAAGUUGCUCCAGGUUUUGGAACUCAAGAAAACAAUUAUAUGUUUAGUUCAAAACAGCAGACCAAUAACUUCUACCUGCUGAUUGGUUGCUACAGGUAAACUACAACUGGAGCAUUACAUUUCCUUGUCAUAUUUUGUUUGGGGGGGGGGUUAAUUAUUUAAAACUUUUUUUUCAACCUGAGCAGAUGAAAUUAUGAUGGAAAUGCAUUAACAGUUCAUGUUACAGUAAGGUAUACAUUUUAUAUUAUAGCAUUUAAGUGCAAUAGGAUUUUAUCUAUCUGUAUUUAUGCCUUUUUAUUUAUUUUAUAAUUUAUUGGUUUGUUUGUACCUUUGAAUUGUUUGUAUUAUCCUGAGGAAAAAACAUACAGCUGAAUCUAUUUUUUCAUAUAUUGAAGCAUUAACUUAAUACGUUUUUGUUAUUCUGUGUAUUUAAAUAAACAAUUAU